GAUUUGAAGAGAAGGGACGUUACGCCGCGCGCUGCCUGUGCCUGGGGGUAAAACCCUACCCAACUAGUUAAAAAAAAAACCUACCCAACCGCCGGUCAUGGCGUCUGCGGACGCCGGCGAGACGUCCACCCCGGGGCCCGCGGCGAGGGAGAAGCCCAUCGUCGUCCGGAUCAAGCGCAAGCCCUCGCAGACCCGCCCAGACGCCUUCUGGCUCGAGAUUAAUGAGAGGCCGGCCAAGAAGGCGAUGCUCGAUUUCUCCCGCCUCUCCAUCUCCGAACCCUCCUCAUCGUCCUCCUCUGCCAGUGCCAAAGCUUCGGAGGAACCACGAGUUAAGAAGCUUCUUGUCCAACACAUCGAGACAGUACACCAUUCUGAAGCUGUUGAAGAUGUUUUACAAUCUCUUUUGCUUGCUGACUCAAAUGCCAAGGAGAUAAAGAGCAAGACAAAGGAGUGGAAUGACAAAAUCAAGCAAGACAAUAAACCAGAGCAGCUACGAUCAGCAGCCAGACAGAGGCAUGAGGAUAUGGGAAGAAAUGCUCGGUUUGCACAAAUAUGGAAGAGUCGAAAAGGAGAAAAGGAUGAUGCUGAUGAUUCAUUGAGAGAAAUAUGCCACCUUUAUGAUGCUGUCCAAGUAGAUCCUGAUGAUGAGAAGCAUCCAGCAGAACCACGGAUUACCUCUUUCGAAGAGGGUGCUGUUCUAUGCAACUUUCUUCCGCUUCUACGCAAGUACUUGCCAUCAACUGCAGAGGAAAUUGAGGCAGAUAUAAUUUCAUUGGCACAAUCAGAAGAUUCUGAAGUCUAUGAUAUCUAUACUGUCAAGGAGGUGGAUGAUACAAACAUGGAGGCCACGUCAGCAGCUUCAUAUCCAAGGUUACAAGUGGAUGAUGGAGAAGACGAAUGCUACGAAGAUUGCCCGUAUGACACAGAUGAUUCAAAUGCUGAAGACAAUCCGCUUUUCGAUUAUCCUGAUGAAUUUUCCGAGGACGAGGAUGAUGAUCGCAACGAUGAGGAUCCUUUUGGAGACGAAGAAGGGUCUGACACCGAUUACGAGAAGGAAGAAGUAGAGGUGGAAGAGGAUGAGUAAUAUUGAAGGGAAGUUGUGAUGAAAUGUGGGGACUAGCCUGUGGGCUGAACGUAAUGUUUGACAAUGAGAUAGGUUCGGAGCUGACUGAUGAAUGUUUGUGUUGCUUAUGCUGACUAAGAAAUGGACAUGUCUUGACGUUGUGUACCAGUUAGCAUUGCAAAUCAUGUGCACUGCCCGGAGGAAGAAUUAUUUAAAAUAUAUAUAUAUUUGGAAGUGUCAGCUAGACACAAGCGAAUCUUA